AUGGGCACUCGCGGAUACAGAAUCAUCAAAUUCAAAGGUCGUUUCUGGAUCUUCUACAAUAAUUAUGACAGCUAUCCUGAUGGUCUUGGAAAGUCACUGGUGAAUGGUGUCCCAGUGGAUCCUGAAGAGUAUCAGAAGUGGCUCCAGUCUCAGCGCGACUUCUUCGCCAAAUGGGACUCGCUACUACAGAAACUCUUGAUCAUCCAGCCUGAGGAUAUGCACCAGCUCCACGAAAAUGAACCUUACAGGCCUAUCUUCCACGCUGCAUUUGAUGACAGGUUACCGCAAGAUGCCCCACCCUUUUAUGCAUCGGGGUUCGGUGACGGCUACAUCGAAUGGACCUACACCAUCGACCUCGACCGAGAAGUCUUCUCUGUUGAUAGCGGUGCCCACUUCCGCCUGAAACAUAUCCCCCGAAAUGAUGAGUGGAUUAAGGCGCUCUUUCUUGACACCGAGGGCAAUCGAUUUUUGCUACCACAACUUCUUCCUGCAGAUUCAAUCGCUACUUUGUCGUUAGACCCGCCAAGCUUUACAGUCUCCACAGAAUAUGAGACGUUGCAGACGAGACUAGUCAGACCCAAGAGCCUUGAUCACAUCCCGCGCUCCUGCCUCACCGGACCUCGACUUCGGUGGAUGUUGUUCGACUUCUUCCAACAAUCACAGCAACGAGAUCUUUGUGUCACUUUACUUGGCUGGCAAGCCCAAGAUUUGCCGUUCCGUGAGCUUGCGUUUUUUAUCCUCUGCCUUGCUGCUGGUGGCGAAAAUCUUGCUCUAGUGGCUCAACGCCACGCCCAAAAGCCGUAUGGCGAGGGUUUGUACCUCGGAAUGGUAACAGACAACGAGUCUGAGGGCGAUCCAGAGUUGGCAUCUUCGUUAGGGGUCGGGUAUCACAUGGAUGGCUUACCGGAGGGCUCCGCCCCAGAGGAAACCAAGUACUGGUUCGAGGGAGCCUUGAUCUGUCUAACACCGCAGCUGGACUACCCUGGCGUUUUUGAAAAGGCCAUCGCCAAUGCUAUAGAGUAUGGACGUGCCAACUGUACCCAAAAAUCCUUCAAUGCAGUCCUCAUAUCAAUUGAGCAUCUGGUUCUGAUCAAGUCAAGGCCAGAUGGGAGCGUUGAUCAUACGGAACUCAUGCCCCUGGUAUCUAUUAACACUAACCUUUCCAAAGACUCUCGGGCGAGAUAUGGCGAUCAAGCGCUUGACGCAUUCUAUGAUGCAAGAUUUACCAAGAAUAUCAAAAAGAUCGACGAAGAUUUCGACACAACGGAUGUUGAGCGAGUCAGGCAACAUGUAGGCCAGCAGGAUGGUAAGAGCAAAUGUGUUGAAGACAGUAACGAAGACGUGAAAAGCGAGGAGCAUGGUCAUGAAGGGAAAAUCGAGGAGGGAACGAAAGAUGUUUACGUAGAAGCGAAAGGAGAGGAUAAAGAUACGGUGAAAGAGUCUGAGGAAACUGAAACGAACGAAGAAGAUGCGAGAACGAGCGACGGAGGGAGCGACGAAGGGAGCGAAUACGAGGUGGAGCUAAUCCAAAAGGCUCCAGUGACGAAGGCUUUGAUAAAGAAUUCCUUCGUGGCUUUGAUCCAAUUCUUCGAAGCUACAACCCUUGAGACUCUGCGACUAACCCAAGCGAACGAAGCACGACUACCAGAAGAGAUCUGUGAGAUGGUGUUGCGCAAUGUGUCGGAUAUUAGAACUUACAAUUCGUGCCUGAAAGUUUCUAGGAGGUUUCGACGUAUUUGUCAACAAAGACCCCUAGUCAUGGAGAACAUAGUAUUUCUCGAGCCUUUGCCUAACGAUCCAGCUCUUUUGAUCCCGAAGGGUGAGGAUAAGGGUACACAGGACCCUCAGCCUUCUCCUGACUUCCUCGCAGUGGAGGUAUUCUCGGACCGGCAGAUGGAAGUUUGGCUUCACUCAGGCGGUGGCCUUGGUGAUGGGCUAGAAUGUCUCGUUGUUGCGGGAUAUGAAUGGAAUAGAAAGACGUAUGUCGCCAAUGAAAGUGUUCGAUUUCGAGGGUUGCGUGUCUCAACACCUAGGGCCGGCAAAGCCCGCAAGCGCAAGAGACGUGCAGCAUGGCGUCACGUUGAGGAAUCUUCGUCGUAUGGCUCUGAGGGCACCCCAUGGGGAAGCGUCAUUGAUGCAUACGAAAUUGACACUGAAAGCGAGACGUCAACACUCGGACAGUUCUGGAAAGAUGCCACACGGGCCCUAAAGCAUUUCGUACGAAAGACUGAGGAGCCAGCCUGGACCCUUCCCCCAAACACCUUGUGCUACUUUGGCACACAAGAAAGCUUCAGUCAAGAAGCAAUGAAAUUUCACUACCUCUACCUACGUGUGAAGAGAACGAGCAAGUAUUGGGACGAUCUUUGGGAUGACAUCAUCCGCGAGGCUAGCGAAAAUCUAGACCAUACCGACGACGGCAAAAUUAAACACGACAACUAUCCAGAGGGUGAGGUGAUAGGCGCUGACGACCCAUACGUCAUUCUUGCAAUUGGAAUGGAGGUACGCUUGUUUAGAUGGGAGCAAGGUUUUGACGAUUCGGUGGAUGAAGGAGCAAGGAGGAAGAAGUCACCUUCCAGCACCUUGAGAGAAUUGAAUCCGGGAAAGAUCUUGAGUCUCUGCGAGAAGACCGACAGAGAGGAGAUUGAGAAGUUCCUGGACAUGGCUGAACAGCACAAGGAGACGAUCAAGGCAAGAAUCUCUGAGAAGUGUGGACGGGAGUUAAAAUGGUCCACAUAG